CUCAGCUGUGUUAAAGUUGUCGGGGAUAGGGUCGGAGACGCCACACCUGUGAGGAGAACGGAGGCUGAUGGUCGCACUCUGGAUACUCCGGACGUUUUAUGUACAUAACUAAUGAUGCUGUUGGUGAGGAAGAUAUAGACCUUGAAACAACAGACACAAUGUUGAGGACUCUCCUUGUUUUGCUGACAUUCACAUUGUGCCAAGGAAAUGUACAGAUUUGUGCCUUGCAUUUUGACAUGCAAUAUGGAGGUUUGUUUGCUGACUGUACUGGAAGAAAACUUCAACAUGUUCCAGACUACCUUCCGGAAAAUAUAACAGCUCUGGAUAUGAGUGAAAAUGAUCUGAAAAUUCUCACAAAUAACACAUUUUACAAGUUUAGGAAGCUCAUCUACCUUAAUAUCAACAGGAACCCGCUGUCAGAGUUGGAACCAGAGGCAUUCAGGGGCCUGUUUAGUCUCAACAAACUUCUCCUUUCUCGGAACAAAUUGCGAUCAGACAGAGUGUCUUUCCCUGAGGAAGUCUUCCGUGACCUUCCUGCAGAAAAUAGACGGUGACUUUCCAAGGACUCAAAGUUAUGAAACAUUAGGUAAAAACAAAACAGUAACAGUCACAUUGCCUCCUAAGAUUAGAUAUUUGGGUGUAACUUCCGUAUCAGGAUCUUCAAACUUCAUCCAAGAAAUUGUAUUUCAAAACACACACAACCUGGAAACUGUUCUCCUGGCUUCUAACUUGGUUCAUGGUUUAAUGCACAUUGGGGGUUUAGAAAAUGUUGGCAAUGUUGAGUUAUCAGGCAACAAGUUUGAUAAUGUGUUUGAUUUCCACUCAUUUGAAAACGCAACACAUUUGUCAUUACGAAAUUGCAAGUUACAAUUUGCCCAUAAAUCCUUUAGUGAACAUAGUGUAUUCAGUCCUCUGAAAUCAAUACAAUACUUUGAUGUUUCAAUGAAUGAACUGACUGAUAUAUCACUUCGUCCAAUUUCUAAUACAAUCAUUCAUCUAAAUUUAUCUCACAAUGAGUUUGACACCAUUCCUAUUGAAACCAUUAAAUAUAGACGGCUUAUCCUUAUCGACAUGUCCUUUAACCUGAUUGGACAGUUGGAUAAAGGCACAAGAUCAAAACUGGAUUUGUCAUUUGAAAAGAACAACCUCAAACUUAUUUUCAAUGGGAACACCUUUUCGUG